UUACAAUCAACAAGGUUCUAACAAAAACUCUAUGUUAAGAUCAACUUCAUCGUGACAAAAAAAAAAUCAGAUUUUACAUUAAAAAGAUAUAAGUCAAUAUUAAAUGGUAAGAAUUUAGCUAAUCUUUCACAACAACCUUGGCCUAAAUUCUACUACAUCUGUGAAAGUUUUGUUGGUAGGUAAUAUGUUAGUACCUAUUUAAGCACUCUUUGAGCCUUAGAUUUUCUCCUUCUCUAAUGUUGUCUCAACUCACCUAAACUAUUUUAUUUCAACAACAAAAAAAGUGGGAAAAAGUAGAUUCCACCCAUGCAAACACAUUUCUAAAGGCUACAAAUUUGAUCAUCAUUUUAUUUUCUAAAUUGUAUUUAACUUAAAUACCCCUUCAAUUAUUGUACAUUUUUCUAUACCAUAUGAUCGAGAUCCCAACCUUAUAUUAAAACAACAUAUUAUAGCCUGCAACUCCUUCAUAUUGACACAAUCAACUGCACAAAUCUCAAAGCAACAAGCAACACCAAUUAUAUAAUUCAAAUGAUGGAGGGUAAUGUGGCCGUAGAAAAGACAAACUAAUUGAUGACUCAUAAGAUUUUGUGAUUGCCAACACUAGUAAGACAUGCCAAUUAUAUUCAUCGUACACCUCAAACUCAUUUCAGUAUCAUAGCAUCUUACAGAAUAUCACAUGUAAUUAAUAAAUAUCAUUCACAUAUUCACAAUAUUGGGUAGACAUGUUACCGCCUUACAUAUUCAAAGAAAAUUUCAUGCAUGCACCACAUGUUGUACACCGUGAUUAACAAGUGUCGCAUGUUUUAUUGUCUUAUUAUAUGAAUUUAAUUUUUUAUCAACCAAUAUCACAAUUGGCUAGCUCUUAUAUAAAGAUAGAGCCAAGGACUUGGUAACAUCACACAAACAUUGAGGUAGCUUUACAAUUAUCAUAGAAAAAAUAAAGAACAAACAACAAAUUAAAGAGCAAAAUAUGUCAACAAAGUACCAUGUUCGCCCAAACAAUUUUCCUUCUAAGUCUCAUCCUAACCCGACUAAAAUACAACAAGAUCUAUGCAAGAUCAAGACAUAGAAAUCCACAUCAACAUCCACAUCUGAUUCAAUCAUUAUUGGCCUUUUAUUUCUUGAAGAUUUAUACAUUUCAUUGGAAGAUCUUCUUAGUAUGUCAUCAACACAUAAGGCAAUUUCUCACCAAGUUGAGAAAUUUGUACAAGAGUUUUAUGAUGGUUCAGUCAGAAUUUUGGAUAUAUGUGGCAUCACAAGAGACACCAUAUUACAAAUCAAAGAAAAUGUUGAAGCGUUUCAUUCUUCUCUUAGAAAGAGAAAGGGAAAUUCAAGCAUUGAAACAAGUGUAUAUGAAUAUAACUUCUUUACAACAAAAAAAAUGAAAAAGAAUAUCACAAAGUUGAUCACAUAUUUGAAACAAAUAGAAAGUAAAUUUGGAGCAUCAGCAGUUUUGAAUGAAGAUCAAGAACUUGUUUAUGUAAUAAGAGUUAUUAGAGAAGUCAUUGUAAUGAACAUGUCUAUCUUUCAUUCCCCUUUGUCUUUCUUGUGUUCAUCAAAGUCAAAGUCAACCAAAUGGUUGAGAGUGGCAAAGUUGAUGAAUAAGAGGGUAACAUCAUGUGAGGACAAGUUGGAGAGUUUCAACAAAAUGAGGUGUGUGGAAGUAACUUUGAGCAGCCUUUUAAGAGAAGGUUCUAAUGUUUAUAAGAUGCAAACUGCACAUGAAAGACUGGAAACUUUGGAGAAUGUCAUUGAAAGGAUGGAAAAUGGUUUGGAGAAUGUAUUCAGACGUUUGGUUAAAACAAGAGUCUGUCUUUUGAACAUCGUGACUAUAUCUUAGGGAUCUUCCGAGGACAGAAAACUUUUGCACAGUCAAUUUGUAUGUAAAUAUUAAGUAUACAAUUCAAUAGUAAUGCAUCAAUUAGAAACAACAAAUUUUUGUUCUUUAUUUUUGCUCUUUUAAUUUUUAAUUUGAAGUUUUAAUUCCUUUCUAAGGUCAGUAUUAUUUGCCUAAAAACUACAAUUACUACUUUUUGUAAACAAACAUAAUUCAUCAAUAAAAAGUGUAACUAAAACUAUGAAAGUAACAAAAAAAACUAAACCACUAGCUAUGCCCAAGCACCUCGCAGCAAAGUAUAUUGUAAAUACAUAAAUAGAAGAAAAAAAACAUUGCAACCUAAAACAAAAACAUAUCUCCAAGACCAGAAAAUCUAGAUGAUGUAGCCAGUAGCCAACAAAUGAAUUUCAGCACUCUUGAAAA